AUGGCACCGCCGCCCGCACGCGCCCUGCUCCUGGGAGCCGCCGGGCUGCUGCUCCUGCUGCUGCCCCUCUCCUCUUCCUCCUCUUCGGACGCCUGCGGCCCCUGCGCGCCGGCCUCCUGCCCGCCGCUGCCCCCGCGGGGCUGCCCGCUGGGCGAGACCCGCGACGCGUGCGGCUGCUGCCCCAUGUGCGCGCGAGGCGAGGGCGAGCCGUGCGGGGGCGGCGGCGCGGGCAGGGGGUUCUGCGCGCCCGGCAUGGAGUGCGUGAAGAGCCGCAAGAGGCGGAAGGGUAAAGCCGGGGCAGCAGCCGGCGGCCCGGGCGUGAGCGGCGUGUGCCUGUGCAAGAACCGCUACCCGGUGUGCGGCAGCGACGGCAACACCUACCCCACCGCGUGCCAGCUGCGCGCCGCCAGCCUGAGGGCCGAGAGCCGCGGGGAGAAGGCCGUCACCCAGGUCAGCAAGGGCACCUGCGAGCAAGGUCCUUCCAUUGUGACUCCCCCCAAGAACAUCUGGAAUGUCACUGGUGCCAAGGUGUACUUGAGCUGUGAGGUCAUCGGAAUCCCAACCCCUGUGCUCAUCUGGAACAAGGUAAAAAAGGACGAUAACAGAUUUCACAGGACAGAACUCUUGCCUGGUGACCGGGACAACCUGGCCAUUCAGACCCGAGGUGGCCCAGAAAAGCAUGAAGUAACGGGCUGGGUGCUGUUAUCUCCACUCAGUAAGGAAGAUGCUGGAGAAUAUGAGUGCCAUGCAUCCAACUCCCAAGGACAAGCUUCAGCAUCAGCAAAAAUUACAGUGGUCGACAGCUUACAUGAAAUACCAGUGAAUAAAGGUGAAAGUGCCAAGCUAUAA